GUCCGGCUGCUGAGCGAGUUGGCGCCAGUUUUUUCUUAGUUGUGGAGCUCAGCAGCCUCCUACUCUUUCCCAGACCUCAAGCCUAUGAUGGAAACGUAUUCAACUGAUGAAAGCAUCGAGGAGGUGAAUGACAAGCGCUCCGUGACCCUGCGCCGGAGCUCGGUGCUGCCCUUGCGAUGGAGAAUCACGCACAGCCCCCGCUGGAUAGCGCAGGUGGCAGCCUCGGAGCUCAGCCUCGUGGCCCUCGUCGUGCUGCUGGUCACGGUCUUCUCCACGACAUGGCUGCAUGUCCCCGGAAGCCGCUUCUAUCAACACCACCCCGUGCACGUCAUGGACAAUAUCCACACCACUAUCCAUUUCUUGUCCAUGGGGCCCCUGUACAUCUGCAGAGGUAGGAGCUGUCUUAAAUCACAGGACCGGAAAGGCAUUUCUAAAAUGUGGAUAGAUCAGCCCAUGUUUGGGGUGACCAAGAUCAGCUGUGGCCUGGCCCUGGAGUUUGGCCUCAUCCUCACCAUCUGGUUGCAUCUGUCUUACCUGCCCAAACUGAAGAAAUUGCACUCUUUCUGCCUGAUUGGGAUCAUUUUGAGCUUCUGUGAAGCUACCUUCACUUUCUUUACCCUCCUACUGUUCGCUGUUAACCUCUGGACGUUUGAGUUGAAGAAGAAUAUAUCCGUUCCCCUUGGCUGGAGCUAUCUCAUUGGUUGGUUGGCAUUUCUGCUAUAUGUCACGUGUGCUCAGUGAGAGAACUUGUGAGUCAGCGUUCGACCUCAGACCUCUACCAACCUGGAUCCUGAGCAGCAGGAUCCAUCUCUGUCGUCAAGUGCUGCCUAGAUUCAUCUAAAUCUCUCUCACCAUCCUCAUCCACAGCCUUUA